ACGCUGGAAAAGUUGUGGAAACCUGAUACGUACUUCAACAACUUGAAGGACGGCGAGAUCCAUAGGGUGUCCAUGCCUAACGUUCUGUAUAGAAUAUACAAGACUGGCGACGUUCUGUACAGCAUGAGAGUAACGCUGAGGCUUUCCUGCCACAUGGAGUUCCGCGAAUAUCCUCUCGACUCCCAGGUGUGCGGAGUCCAUAUCACCUCCUAUGCCAACACGGACGACUUGGUGAAGUACCGGUGGCUCGCCGACAGGCCCAUCGAUCUGCCGGAGGGCCUCGAGAUCGCGCAGUUUGAUCUCCUGGGAUUCUCUGCCAAUGAAACCAGCCACGCUUACGUAACAGGGAACUUCAGUGGCCUGUUGGCAGAGUUCCUGCUGCGUCGCCAAAGUGGCUACCACGUCCUCCAGACCUACUUGCCCACCAUCCUGAUUGUGUCCAUUUCGUGGGUGUCCUUCUGGCUGGACCCGAACGCCGUGCCCGGGCGUGUCACCCUCGGGGUCACCACUCUGCUCACCCUCACCACCCUCGCCUCAGGCAUCAGGGCUUCCCUGCCACCUGUCUCAUACGUAAAGGCUAUUGAUGUCUGGAUAGGAACGUGCAUGAUUAUGGUAU